CAUUUAACCGCAGAGGCACUGAUUCCGUUGGUUACAUUAACUGUAGGCGUGGCUAGCUACCGUAGUCAUUUGACUACGGAGGUGCUAAUCCCGUUGGAUGCAUUGACUGUGGGCGUGGCCAGUUACCGUAGUCAUUUAGCUUCGGAUGUACUGAUCCCGUUAGAUGCAUUAAGUGUGGGCGUGGCUAGUUAUUGUAGACAUUUAACCCCGGACGUACUACUUCUGUUGCUUGCCUUAACUGUGGGCAUGGCUAAACAUUCCUUGAAAGCUUCGGAAACGUUGGUUCUUCACAUUUUAACGUUCUCAGUUCAUCGACGAUUCUUCCAGGUCACUAUAACGUCAGCAGUAUCUCUUCAAACCACAUUUAGCCCAACCUUUACCCAACACUACAAUGGCUCCGAUACAACCUCAGAUUUAACAAUUCUUCUGCAUUUACACUACUGA